AUGGUCGCAUUUCUGGUACUUUUAAUUGGCUUGGUAUAUAUUUUUUUCUUGGUGGAUACAUACAGACGUGCCAUAAUUCAGGAAGUGGGAACGACCAUAGAACACCGAAGAACCGUUCUACAACCUCAACCCGUUCUUCAAAGAAAGUGCAAUCCUGUUAGAAGCGCGGUGUUCAUUAAAACUCAUAAAACAGGGAGCACUACCAUCAGCACUGUUUUAAACAGAUAUGGUGAGAGGCACAACUUAUCCUUUCUUGCUAACAAACGGGAUCCUACAAGAGGACAUUUCCGCACUAUUCAGGUAAAAAACAAGACGAUAGUGCCGCCCUUAGGGGUCGCCAUUAAUGAUUUUGUAAACUACAAGAACUACAACUUGAUGACUUUCCAUAUAUUUUUCCUACCAAAUGAGGAGAAAUUAAAACAGGUAAUGAGUCCAGAACCACGAUUUUUCACUAUUCUUCGGAAUCCAGUCAGACAAUGGGAGUCAGCAUUCUUUUUCUUCAGAGGAUAUAAAUCAAUGAAAAUACCUGGAAAAAACGCAUCUCAAUAUGUCAAUAACUUUUUCAAGAAACCAGUCACAUAUUGGGGAAAAAAGUUCAAGAGCAUACAUCGAAAUGGUCAGUGGGUUGAUAUAAUUGGAAGUUCACGGGACAUCAACGAAAAUAUGACUCAUGUUGGAGAAUUAAUCAAAGAACUUGAUAAAAAGUUACAUUUAGUGCUAAUCACCGACUACGUUGAUGAGUCGCUGAUUCUGCUUAAACGUCUCCUGUGUUGGGAGUUCGAGGACUUGUUGUACGUUAAGAUGAAUCAACGUCCUUCAAAUUCAAGUGGAUUGAUAAGUGAAGACCUAAAAGAGAAGAUUAAGCAGUGGAAUAAAGCAGAUAUGAUUUUGUAUGACCAUUUCAAUAGAACUCUGUGGAAAAAGAUAAAGGAUAUUGGGCCAAACUUUUACAAGGAUCUCGUCGUAUUCCGGAAGAUGUUGGACAAUUACAACAAAUGGUGCAAUAUUACUAUGACAGCUAACAAAAUAAGGAAAGUACCUGUGGCACAAAACUCAUCAGCUAUUUGCCAAAGACUUGUAGCAAAUCACACACAUUAUUUGAAAAUAAUGUUGGACCGCCAGAACCAGACAGCAUUUUCUAUGAACACUUCUCAAACUAUAUCGUAAACCUCUUUACAUAAGCAAUGAUAACAAGAUACUGUUGGACAAAAUUAUUUUGAGUUUAGUUUCCCGAGAUUUUUACUCAUGAUCUAUAGCGCUUGUUUUCGUAAAACGCUGCAAUGGGGGAGGGGGGAAUUCUGCUCCAAAGCACAAUGUUACCUUUUCAGUCGAUAGUGCCAAAUUACCAAGUACAAUAUUUUUUGUUUGUUUUGAAUAAUAUUUCAUUUUCUUCCUCUUUCAAAUCAAUAAGUUUACAAUCACAAUUCAUAUAAAUAAAGAUUAUUUGUAUGUAUACAAUCAAUAAACAAUCAAACAAAUAAAUAUAUCAAUAUCAAUGAGAUUACGAAUAUUUUUUAAAUGAUUACAAAUGAAAUUAAACUGCCAAAUUUAUCUUCUAUAACAAUGUGAAAGCAGAGGGGAAAAACCCGUAUCAAUCGACAAAAAAAAAAUGUACUUUGUAAAAAAUUACUUUUUCCCUGAAUAGAAUAGAAAUAAUCUCUUUUGCACAUAUUAAUUGUACAAGAAAUAAAAAAAGGAUAAAAGAUUAUUUUAAAGGUUAAUUAGAGGAAGGUUAUCCUAAAACGUCCCUACACACUCACCUUACCCCCAUACCCCCUCCCCCCUCAUCUCUCUCCCCAGACACUCACACAAGCUCACUUCAACUCACCACCACUCACAGCUCCCCCCCCCCCUCUUCCCCGUCACAAAACUCACACAUCCAUCUACACACGUACACCCACACACAAUGCAUCCUGCUCUGGUACAACUAUCUGUAUUUGAACAAAUAAACAAAACAGAAACAAAAUGAAGCAACCAAUACAUCCAUAGUAUUAAGAAAGGUAUGCAUUGAUUUGUUCCCAUUUCCUUAAGUGCACCCCUAGCUUCCCCUUUUUAAACGCUAUUUGAUAUUCCGUAUCUCUAUACUCUUUAACCAAAUGUGUCACUUUCUGUACGGUUGGCAAUAUUCCCUGUUUUCUUGAACUAAAAAUGAUAUACUUAAUUAAGAAUAUAAUACAGUUUAUUAAAGCUACUCUUGUAGUAUUUCCAGAUAUCCCCAUGAAAAUUGUUUUCCAAACGUCACUGCCAAGUUCAUUCAGUUGAAAUAUUUUACUCAUCUCUUCCCAUAAUCUCUUAACUUCAGGACAAUAACAAAAUAAAUGUUGGUAAGACUCAACUUUUUUCUACAAAAGGAACAUAAAUUAUCUGUCUCAAAACCGAAUUUAAAAAGUUCCCUUUUUGGUUACACAGCCCCUUGUAAUUGUUUGUAUUGAAAUUCUCUGUGUUUAUUGCAUAGCAUUGCACAUUUCAGUCUCAAAAAUACUUCUUUCAGUUCCCCCAUUCCCAAAUCAUAUUCGGAUUGCCCAUCUGUAACAUGAAAUACAUAAUCAAUUUGAAAAUUUUCAAUGAAGUGGUCAUAUAUUCGUCUAGAUUUUAUAUCACAUAAUUUCUGAACAUGCCCACAUAUCAUCAAUUGAAUUUCAAAAAUGUCUGUAUCCAUUUACAUAAAAUCAUUUUGUAUCCACUCUUCUGUUAUUACUGAAAAUAUCUUUUGAACUUUGAGCAAGUUUUCAGAUGAAAAUUUCAGAUUAUACCAGUAUGAAACUGGUCUUAAUUUACCUCCCAACUAUUAUAUCCGAGACCUUAACUAUACCUUUCUGAAAUAAUUCAACAUAAAUAAAGGUCUUAUUAUUAAGGCAUGGACGCUUGUUAUUAAAAAUAAUGGGAUUACUUUUCCCUCCAAAAUGUCUACACAAGAUAUGCCAAUUAAAUUGAUGCACAGCGCCCUCUUCAUUAGGUCGGUCUAGGUAGAUUUUUUAUUUACAACUCUUAAAUUGUUGUGUGCCCUACUUAUAAAAAAGGUGUAACUUUCCCCUUCACUUUCUUUGAUACUUUUUCUU